AUGACAAUCUUACGAGUCUGGGGUAUCUUAUGUCUUUUGACUGCUGUGUUUCUCUGGUGCGGUUGGCAUGUUAUUGGUCGCACCUUAGUAAAGCAAAUUUCACCAUUGACAGUAUUAACACUGCGAUGUGUCUUUGCAUGUCCUUUCUUAUUUUCGAUGGCUAGGAUUAUCGAUCCAAUCGGUCUACGAAAUGCACCGAGAGUCUUUUUUCCACGACUAUUUAGCCUUGGCAUUCUACUGGUCGGAGGCAACUCAUUUUUAUUUCUUCUCGGGUUAAAAUGGACAUCGACUUCGGAAGCGGCAUUAUUUCAGCCACUAAUUAUUGUAUUUACGACUGUGAUUGGAAUUGUAUGCGAUCGAUAUAAUCUCACUAGUCAACAAUUCAAGUCCGCUGUUUCUUCUAAAUGGCAAGCAGUUGGAAUCAUUUCUUGUAUCAUAGGUGCCAUAUGGAUAUUGAUAAGUAAAUCUCCUAUACAAUCGCCAUUAUCAAUGGAUUCAUCAUCAAGUUUUGAAUUCUAUCGUAUUCUUGGUUUUAUCUGUUUGAUUGGCAAUACUAUGUGCUUUAGUGUAUACACGUGGAUGCAACUGCCAAUUCUCUCACAUCUUUCCCCCGUAGUCACCGUAGCCUUUUCGUACGGUUUAGUGACACCAUUAUUUGUUAUUUUUAGUCUUGUUUCUUGCAGCAUCAGUGGUACAAUGGAAUGGAUGAAUAUUAGUAAACUACAAUUAGUUGGCUCUUUAUAUUCUGGUAUAUGUUCGUCCGGUAUCGCUACCGUUCUAUAUUCCUAUGCAAAUAAAUGGCUUCAUCCAACUGUCUGUGGACUAUCAGCAGCUUUACAACCUCUGGUAUCUUGCAUAUUGGGUGCUAUUUUUCUCGAAGAACGUUUGUCAUUUCAACACAUUAUUGCUGCUGUAUUCAUUAUAGGUGGUGUUACAGUAGUCUUGCUGACCAAUAAGACUCCAAUUGUAGAAGAAAAAUUACCCAGCGCAUUUUGUCCUCUUUCAAGCAAUGAUUCACGGUAG